GAGUCCCUCCAUUUGGUAUACAAUGUUAAUUAGCCUGAGAUGCCUUUGAUAGGUAUGGUUCAUCUUUGCAAUAGAAGCAUGCUUAAAUGAUUCAAGAUUUGAGAGAGAGAUCCCAAGAUCCCAAAUUACUUCGCUGACCAUAGAGAAUUUUGGUGGCAAUUCAUUUAUUCCACCUCUUUUAAAAAAAACCAGAAUGUCAGCGACGAAGCAUUCACUGUCACGGGAAAAAGCAGGGACUAAAAACAAGCCAGCGUUAUUCAGCAGCCAAAUACAAAAUGAAACAUAUUUUUAGCAAUGGGUUUAACUUAACUAACUCUCAUAGCAAUUGCCGAUGAAGCUGGAAGGGUUCACGAUCACUGUGUUUUCUGCUCACAGUCCCUGCCGGCGCGGCGGAGCGGAAGCGCCGACAGCAGCCAGCGCCGGGCCCGCCACGGGAAGGCCGCGCCGCCCCUCACGGAGCCUGCGCUGCCUCCGGGCGGCCCCGGGGAGCCGCUCCUCCCGCGGCCGGCGGGGCGGGACCCUCUGGGCGGGCUGGGCCGGGCCGGCCAUGGCGGGCAACGCGGACCGUGGCGAGCUCAGCCCGGGCUCGCUGCGGCAGCGGCUGCGGAGCGCGGAGGAGGCGCAGCAGCGCCAGGCGGGGCUGGUGCGGCAGCUGCAGGACGAGGAGUCGGGCCGGUUUGCUUGCAGAGCAAGUUUGAAAACUCAUUUCGGUCGCUUCAAGGACCCCCUUGAACAGCGGAAUGUUGGCUCGGGGUACGCGGGGCCCGCAGGUCAAGUAGAGCUGCCUGCACCUGUCCCGUCGUUCUGCUUGCUGCCGCUGUCUCAGGUACUGCAGUACCAGACCUGGUGUCGAGAGUUGGAGCAGCAAGUGAAAGCUGGAGGGGGAUCCCUUCCAGGCAGGUGGGAAGCCACAGCAGACCACAGCCUGGAGAAAGCACUGCUUCAGGUGGAAGAGGAGCAGCAAAGGUGUGAGAAUCUGGCAGAAGUGAACACUCUCCUGCGGGAGCACCUCGAUAAAGCCAGUGAGGUUAAUUCCGUCCUCAAAGAAGAUGUUGGGAAACUGACGGUGGAUUGGAUGAGGGCCCGGGAGGAGCUGGAGUUGAAGGAGAGUGAAUGGCGCAGUGAACGUGAGCUUUAUGACAGCUACUUAAGGGGGGAACAUGCCCGUCUGCUUGGCCUGUGGCGGCAGGUGGUGACCUUCCGCCGCCAUUUCCUGGAGAUGAAGACUGCCACGGACCGAGAUUUGUCAGAGCUGAAGGCAGAACAGAUGAGGCUUUCUGGAUCUAUUCUUGUGAAGUGCUCUCGCCUGAGCUCCUGUGUGCAGCUCAGGGAGUCCAUCCCUCUGGGUAAACCUGUCCUGAAGGAUAAGGCAGAGGAGCAAGUGGAGCCAAAAAUAAACCAGACAGCUGAGGAAGUGAUAGCCUUACAAGUCACGUGUGACGUGGAGAAGAAAGAGCUUCAGGACAGGGUGAUGGAACUCUCAGCCUUGCUUGUACAGUCUCAGAAGCAGAACGAGGAGAAGGAGAAGACCAUGAAAACACUUAACGACACAGUGGAGAUUCUAGAAUCAAGUUGGAUAGAAAAAGAAUUUGCAGCUUCAUUGACUAACAGUACCAAAGAAGAGAAUCUUUUCCUUCAAAAGCUCAUUAAAAACAUCACUGAGAUGGUGUUAGAUGACAGUGACAGCAUGGUCAGCAUUAUCUGCACUGGCAGUUCCCAGCACGCAGACUCUGGGCACAUCUUCUCAGCUCCGAGAUCUGUUGAUACAGGGCAUGCCUUUAGACUGGUUCUGGAAGCACUGGCAAGGAUGCGAGGGGCAGCACAGGCCCUGAGAGAAGAGCUUUCUGCUAGGCAGGACUCAAACAAAUUCCUGCUGCAGCAGCAGAGGCAUCAGGAAGAGAAGUGCAGGGAGGUGCUGCAAAGGCUUGAGCAACUGGAGGAGAAAUGCAAGAAGUCCAGCAGCCACCAACAGCACCUUCAGUCUUUAGUAGAAACACUCAGAAGUGACUGUGCAAACCUUGAGAAAACUAGGGAAGAGCUACAGGAACAGCUUGGAUUAAGGGAGCAAGAAGCUUCAUGUCUGCGUCAGAGUAACGCUGAGCUGAAGAUGAAGGAAGAGUCAGCCCAGGCAGAAAAGGCAGAGCAGCAGGACAGGAUGGAGAGAGCACGCCAUGAGCAGGAGCUCCUAAUGAAGGACUUGGCUGCACUUGAGGAAAAACACUCAUUACUGCAGAGCGAGUUGGUAGUCAAGAGACAGACACUGGAGAAAUUGCAACUUCAGAAGGAUCUGCUGGAGCAAGAGAAGGAUGAGUUUGCCAUGGCUCUGGAGAAGGCAGAGCGGUCAGUGGCAGAGCUGACAGGGGCUCAGAACAAGCUGAAUGCUGAAAGAGCUGAUCUACAGGCUGCAGCAGCGAAGAUGAGUAGCAUCAAUGAAGCUCUUGCACUGGACAAAGUUCAGCUGAACAAAUAUGUGUGGCAGCUGGAGCAAGAGAAGGAAGUUUUGUCUGCUAAAGUGGAUGAGAUGGAGAGAGCCAAGAUCUGUGAGCAGGAGAAGUUGAACUUCUGUGAAAGAGCAAACAAAGAGCUCUGUGCAGAGAAAGCCCGGCUAGAGCAGUUACUCAAGGAAGCAGAGGAGCAACGGGAGGAACUGUGGCUGGAGCUUAGGACACUAGGAGAGGAGAAAGCAGAAACUCAGGACAAAUUCCAUCAGGUUUCCCAGGAGCAAGAGUCAUUGAGCAGGGCUCUGGAGCAGCUGCGCCAGGAAUCCUCUGACCGAGGGCAGGAACUGGCCCAGGUGUGCCGAGAGAAGGAGCUGCUGGGCCGGGAGAAGGCUGACCUUGAGGGCCGCCUGGCAGCCACAGAGCGCCACCAACAUGACCUUUCCAGGCAGCUGGCAGAGACCAGGUCAGCAAAGGAGAGCCUGCAGUCCAGGUUGUUUGCUGCUCAGCAGCAGAUAUCACAGCUGGAGAUCACCAGAAAUCAUCUGGAGGCUCAAGUUCUCAUAGUCACACAGGCCAAGGAGGUGAUAGAAGGAGAAGUGAAGUGCCUGCAACAUGAGCUGGAAGCAGAGAGAGCUCUGAGGAGGCAGGAAGAAGACACAGCUCAACAGCUCCUGCAGGCAGAGCAGCAGCAUCACGAAAGCCUCAGACUUCAGGGAACUGCUCAGCAACUGGAAAUAAAGAAGCUCCUGCAAGACCUGGCGAGUGAGCGCGAAAGGCACCGUGCAGAGAUGAAGGAGACGCUGGAGCAAUGGGAGAAAGAGACGGCAGAGAGAGAGCAGGAGCACAAGAAGGUCCUGCUGGAAGAGCAGAAGGAGAAGAGUGCUUUAUCAGAGGCACUGCUCCAAACUCAGGAAGAGCUCAGCCGAGCCCGCCAGCAGGUGCAGCAGCUCAGGCAGGAGCUGAAAGAGCAGCAAGAGAAGGGGCAGGUGGGAGAGUUGACAUCUCAGCUGGCAGCCUCCCAAGAGUGCCAGGAAACGACUGUGCAGAGAGCCCAGCAAGAUGUGAGGGAGGCCCAGGAGGAGUCCAGGCAGAGGAUCUUGGAGGUUGAGCACGUCCAGAAGAUGCUGGUGGAGGCAGAACAUAAGAACAAGGAGCUGCAAGUGCAUCUGGAGUACCUGGAGGGGGAAAGGAGUCGAUGGGAAGAAGUGGAACAGCAAAAUUCAGAAUUGCAGGCUUCUGUCAAUGCCCUAGAGAGGGAAAAAGCCAGGCUGACUCUGUGUCUGGAAGAAAAGGAUCUGAGCCUCAGAACCCUGGAAGAAAACAACCUGGCCCAGAUCAGUCAGGUGUCUCAGCUUCGUUCUGCCCUUACCCAGGCUGAGGAGCUCCACUCAGAGCAUAGAAGAGAAAUGCAGGAGCUCAACAACCAGAUCCGGGCCCGGCAGGACGCAGUGCUGCAGAUGGAGGCUUCCCAGGCAACUCGAGAGAAGCAGCUGCUGAAGGAGCUGGAGGAGUCUCGAGCAGGAGAAUGCCAUUUGAGGGACUCUGUGCACGUGCUGCAGGCUGAGGUGUCUGAGCUGCGUGUGAAGCUCCAGAGCUCUGAUGACAGAGCAGAGGCCUUGGCCACACAGUGUCAACAGGCCAGAUGUGCCCACCAGGAAACUCAAUCCCAGCUGGACAAACUGCUCUUGGUUCUCGACCACAUGAUCAAGGACAGCAGAGACUUGGUCACUUGGAGCUCAGAAGAGAGUCAUGUCAUGGGCCUAACUGCUUCUCAGGCUGGGGAUGUCUCCACAGAGCUCACAGUGGACAGAGUGGCAGCAGCUCUGCAAGACCUGCAGCAGCACCUGGAGCAUUCCCAGAAAGAUGUGAAUGAUGCAAGGAAGAAGAUACAGGCCUUGGAGCUGCAGCUGGGCACGGGGCAGGAUCAGAUGGACAGUCUCAGAGCCAGCAAUCAGGAACUGCAGAUACAGUUGGAUGAAAGUCGGACAGCGUUGUUGAGGGCAGAACACCAGAAGACCUCUCUAGAAACUGCCCUGAAGGAAGAGGCUGUGACUCUUUGUCAGGAGGUGGCAUCUCUGAAGAGGAAAUUGGAGGACCUGGAGAAGGAAAGGAAAGAUGUGCUGCAUGAACGGGACAGGCUGCAGGCAGAUAAAGAAAAACUAGAAUAUGAGAUAAAACUUCUGGAGGAAUCAGUCACAGUCUCUGAAACCCGAGCAAAUACAGCAAUAGACAAGAAUCACUCCCUUGAACAAGAACUCCAAACUGCCCUGUCCAUGUUAAAAAUUAAAAAUGAGGAAGUGCAAAACCAGGGGAAGAAAAUGGAGUUUCUUCAAAAAGAGGCAGCAGAGACCAAAGCUUUGCAGGAGCAUCUCACUCAUGUGACUGCCAUCCUGUCAGAGAGGGAGGGAGAAAUGAAGUUGUACCAAGAGCAGAUGAGAAUGUUGGAAAAGCAGAAAGAAAUGCAUAAAACUGCUCUCAAUCAGGUUAUUAAGGACAUAACAGAGAAAGAACAGAAGACAGAAUCCCAACAGGAACAGAUACAGGAGCUGGAGAAGCAGCAAGAAAAGCAAAGGAUUGUUUUAAGCAAAAUGAGCCAUGAGCUGGAAGAGAAGGACCAAGAGAUCAGAUCCCAGCAAGAACUGAUAAGGGAGCUGGAGAAGCAGUUAGAAUUGCAGACCUCUGCUUUCAGCAGGGUGAGCAAAGAGCUGGAGGAGAGACACCUGGAGAUCAAACUCCAGGAGGAGAAAAUAAUGAUUCUAGAACAGCAUGGUGCAGUACAAGUCAGAAAUCUGCUUUUGGAUCUUGAUGAUAUGGAAGGAAACCUGAAGGAGAAAAGAUUGGAGCUUCUUUCUCUGACUCAGCAGAUUCAAAAAUUGGAAAAGGAGAGAGAAGAUGUGAAAUCUCUAAAUGCUAGCCUUGAACACCUGAGAACUGUUCUUAAGGACAGAGAGAGUGAGUGUGAUGCUCAAAGGGAAGAGUUAAGGCUCUUGCAGCAGCACAAGGAACAGCAAGACAGGCAUCUGCAAGAGCUUCUUGGUAAAGUAGAUAUCAUGACACUUUCUUUAUCUAAAAAAGAGCAAGAGCUUGAUUCACAGCAAAAGCAAAUGCAGGAAGUUGAAGAAGUCAUGGAAAUGCAGUUAAAGAGUGUCCAUGACCAACUGGAGCAGGCCUUAGCAACCUUAAAAGAGAAAGACAGACUUAUGGACAUCCAAAAGCAACAAACAAGGAGCUAUGAGGAAAAAAAAGAGCAACAGAUUAAUGUCUUGCACAGAGACUUAGACUACUCUAGAACAAUAUUGAAAGAAAAGGAUUUAAUGAUUGAAUCUCAGAAGGAACUGAUUGAGACCUUCCAAAAACAAAAGCAAGACUCUGAACAGCAGAAGCAAAUUCUGCAUUGUCUUCAAGGGGAACUAAAGGAAAAAGAGCAGGAAAUUUUGUCCCUUAGAAAGCAAUGUGAGGCAUGCAAGGAAAAGGAGGAAAAGCAUGAAGCUGGGCAAAGAAAUUUCCAUGCAACAACACUGACUCUGAAAGAAAAAGAAGACAAGAUUUGUCUUCUGGAGGACACCAUCACAAAGCUUCAACAGCAGAAGGAAGAGACAGCGGUGCAGGCUAAAGCCAUACUGCAAAAACUAGAAUAUGCUGAAUCUUCUCUUGAAGCUAGAGAUCAAGAGAUAGUGUCUUUGCAAGAGCAUGUCCAGGACCUUCAAGAGCAGAAGGAGGUGGCAGGCAAGCAGGCCAAAAGUCUAGAGCAGGAUCUUGACAAAGCAAGCCAGAUGUUGAAGAAGAGCCAGUUGGAGUUCCUCAAGCAGACAGAGCAAAUUAACACGUUCCAGCUUCGUGAAGAAAGCAUGAAAGUAGCUCUAACAUCAUGUCAGAAGCAAGUGACUCUACUUGAGGAAGUGGUGAGGAAGAAAGAUGAGGACAAUGACACUCUUAGGCAAAAACUCCAGCAUGUAGAAGAAGAACUGAAGACUUUGCAGAAUCUCCAGCUUAGGCUAACUGAGAAGAAUGAAGAGGUUAGAUAUGAUGAAGAGCAAGAGUUCCUGAAAGAGACCUUCCCUGAGAGAGAGGGAGAGAUCAAGACUCAAAGUGAGCAAAAGCAGAUAGAAGUGGAAAUAAGAGCUCUUCGGGAAGAUCUCCAGCAAGUUCAGCAGACUCUGACAAAGAAGGAUAAAGAGAUCAAGUACCAGACAGACAGAGUCAAGUAUUUAAAGAAGACUCUGAUAGAGAGAGAACAAGAGCUUAGGAGGCAGAGUGAACUCCUGAAAGAAUUAACAUUGGCUUUGCGAUGGAAAGGUGAAGGGGAAACCCUAAAGAAACAAAUCCAAAAACUCCAAAAAUGGGAGGAAGAGGAAGUAGAGAAGAGGAAAAUUCUCCAGGAGAGAGACUAUCUCUUGCAAAGGCAGAAGCAAAUUACCCAAGAGUUAGAAGCUGAGAGGGAAGCCAGUGGUGAAGAGUUGGAGUGUGUGACUGCUGCUUUGAAGCAGAAAGAAAGCAGAGAACGUGAAUGGAGAGAGAAUGCUCAAGUCCUGAGUGCUGCACUGAGCAGGAGUGAAAUGGCCAAUGGGAAUCUGAAGAAAGAAAUAACCAUCCUGCAGAGAAUGAUUUCAGAGAGAGACACAGACCAAUUUCAUCAACAGCAGGCUGUUGCUGAAGGGGAGCAGCUGUCAUGGCUGUCAGAGAAGAGACUCAUGUUGCAGAGCCUGGAAUGUCUGCAGCAAGCAGUUGCAAAGAUGGAAGAUGAAAAGGUGGAGCUCAGGCAACAAAACACUGAACUCAGGAGGACUCUUGAGCAGGUGGAACACGAACGGAGGAGACUGAAGAGAUGUUUUAGGGGUCGGUUACUCCCAGAUGCUUCUGGAUUUUCUCCCUCUGAGUCUGACCAGUGCAAGUUGCCCACUUCUAGACAGGAGGAGUCUCAUGCUCACUGCAGUCAGCGCUUAUCUGAGUUACAGAACCAGGUGUCCCUGCUGCAGUCACAGCUGGCCUCAGACUGGCAGCACCGGCAGAACUACAUUGAGAGCUGUCAAAGGACCAGCCUGGAGCUGUCAGACCUUCACCAGGAGCUGUCCUGCUCCUUAGCAGCUGUGCUCAAGGAGCCCAAAGCUGCUGUUCUGGAAGAAGAGACUCGGAAGCUGGAUCUGUCUCUGAACCUUAACUCAGCACUGACAUCCCUGGGCCACCAGUCUCUGGAGAGACAGCUGGAGCAUCCAAGAGCCAAACCUGCCAGAAGCAGUGAUGACCUGAGGUAACAGCACCUCUGGUCUCCGUUUGAAUGGAACUAUUUCUCCUAAGACAAAGAGCUCAUGGAUGUGAGAAAUGGGAUCGGCUCCUCCCUGCCUUAAACAUCUGUUGGUCUCACAUUUGGCUGGUGUCAAACCUCACCUUAUGUUGAGGAUUAGAAUCUAUGAAACAUUAUUUCAUGAAGUAGAUGAUUUCUGGGACCAAAAUUUGAAUAUGUGAGAACAACAACAUAGGUAAGGAGAGGGAAUCAUGUAUGGAGAAUGAAGCCCAAACAAAAAAAAAAUCCUUGAACAGUGUGACUUGUGGGUGACAUCUGUCCGAGGGCAGCUAAUUAAAAUAAAAGGACACAAAGAGUGUGCUACAAACAAUUAAAGUAACAUAACAGUUUCUGGUGUUGGCAUUUGCAAGCAUCUCCUAGGGACAGGCAUUUUAAUUUUUUUUAAUAAAAUGUUUUUCAGAAGAA